AGAAAGAAGGAAAGAGAGAGACAAGAUAAUAGGAAAAGGAUAGGACGGUGUGGGUGUGGUGGUCUGGAGAGUUUCAAGAGAGGGAGACAUGUCCAACUUCUUCCCUACAGCCUCCUCUUGAAAUUCUUUGCUUCUUCUUCAACUACUACUUAUUGACUUCCUUAUCAGAUCCCAAGGUUAAACAGUAAUCUCAAAGGCGAGCCAAAAAGAAUCCGUGAUUGCUUGCUUAAGGAUUUCCUUCAAAUUCAUGAUAUAUAUACAUAUAGAUAAAGUUGAUGGCUUUACGAAUUCAGAACUUGCUGAAGAAAAACUUUGAUGAACCUUACUUCACUGUUAGUUGCCCAUCAUGGUGGAAUUCAAAUGAACAGCAAUUUUUGCCAUCUUUAUCCAAGAACACAAGCUUUAAAGUAGACUCUCCAAACCAACCUUAUCAUGAAUCAAAGCAGUUAGGAUUUCAUCUCCUGGACCAGGAAUCAUCCUCAACUCUAUCAAUUGGUCAAUCUCACAAUGAAAUGAGUUCUGUGGGAGGGAUCAAUUCACAAGAUCAGUGUAUUUCAUCUGAAUCUGAUGAAAGUUGUGGGAAGGGCGUGAAGGGAAAAAUGAAGCCAGUUCUCUUGUUGAGUACUCCAGAUAGCGUGUCUAAUCACUCACAAGCUGAUUGUAGCUAUUCAAUGGUUCGUGCUCCAUAUGCUGAUCCUUACUUUGGUGGGCUGUGUAAUCCAUAUGAACUUCAUGCUUUUAUUCAGCCCCAUCUGGGUUCUCAUAUGGUGGGGAUGACAGCUGGACGAGUCCCACUCCCUGUUGAUCUUGCAGAUGAUGGACCAAUUUAUGUUAAUGCUAAACAGUACCGUGGAAUUAUCAGAAGGAGACAAUCACGGGCAAAGCUUGAGGCUCAAAACAAACUGGUAAAAAAUCGAAAGCCAUACCUUCACGAGUCUCGGCACAUUCAUGCCUUGAAUAGGGUUCGAGGAUCUGGUGGACGCUUUCUCAGCAAAAAAAAGCUCCAGGAAUCUGAUCCCACUCCUAGUCAGUGUAAUGUCACAGAUACCAUCCACUCACACGUAAAGAAUGAUGCAUCAGAACUAGAAAGCUAUCAGUCUGGAACCGGACAAUCUGGUGCCUCAAAUACUACCUGCUCUGACAUCACCAGUGUCUCCUACAGCAAUGUCACUUUUAGGCAGCCAGAACGCCGGUUCUCAGGUAUUGCUACUCACCUUGGUGGAGGCAUGGAAAUCAACAGUAGGCUUAUUUGCAGAGGAACCCAACACCACACUUCCGUUGUUCAGUGAAAAUAUGGAAGAAGACCGUGUAAUCGGUCAGGCAAUUCAUCCUUGGCUUCGUCUCUUUUACUUAGAACUAAAUGUGCACGACGGACACUGUUAUGUAUUUGAUCUCUCUGGGGUUUGCUUUUUUUUUUUUUGUUUAUACAUCCUCGGGCAUGUCAAAAUGGUUGGAAAGAGUUUUGUGUUUGAAACCCAUCACUGGGUUACACUGAUUGUUAAAUAUGGCAAACGAUGCAAGUGUUUUCUCAUCAGAUUAUCAAAUAAAAGAUCAGACUUGGGGCUUUGAUCUA